AUGAUUGCCAUGUUGUUUCUUGGAUAUGCAGCAGCUACUGAAGGAGUCCCACCCGACAUCUGGGAUUCAAUGGGCUAUUACGGAGAUUUCCUCUCUGAAAGAAGAGAAAUAGCUAUAGCCUUGUUUGUUUCAGGGCUUCUGGUGAACUUUUUGGGAAUCUGUGCAAAGAGAUGUUCUUUAUCGGUAAUUGCAUUCCCGGUGCUUCGGCUAGGCAUUGGAAGCAUAAUGGAGGUUGUUGACAAGAUAAUUGCAGACAAAUAUGGAACUGCAGAGAAUGCACCUAAGGCAAUAGGUCAUGUAGUUCUGUUCCUGAAGAAAGUGGAUGCCAAUAGAUUCUUCAUGGCCUUUCUGUCUGUUGCUCUUGGGAUAGUAAUGUUUUUCUUUGUCAAGACGAUAAUAUACAUAUUGAUGGGGUAUCUCGCAUUCCAUCUCUGGGGAAUAUUGGAGUCGUCCACUGGAGAAACAAUGGAGGGAAGCUCAUAUUACAUAUACCAGACGAUAAUGCUAUGCAUUGGGAUUCUUGUUCUGGUUCUUGUCAAACCGAUUACCUUCCUGAUCUAUAUUCUUGUUUUCUCUGUCUUUGGGUCUCUCUUCAUCAUAGUCGGCGCUAACUUUGGAUUCGGUUUGAAUCUUGAGUUUGAUCAGUAUAUUGCAACACUUCGAAGGGGAAAUUUUUAUCAAGGUCUGGUUGAAAACAAGAUUUCUGUAGGGUACAUAUCUCUUAUAACCAUGGGGGUUGUUUCUCAGAUACUUCUCAGGAAGAAAGGCGAAAGAAAAAGAAAUUGA